AUGUUUAGCUUUCUUAAAAUGUCUCGUUUUGAUCCUAUUAUUGAACUAAUGGAUCAUUACAUAAAUCACAACUCUCGGCAUAUUGCUGAAGAACAAGAGCUAGGAUGGGUAUCUGUUCCUGAACAGCAAGAGGAACAUGCAGAUAUUUACGAAGAUCAAGAGCCCACUAAUGAAGAAAUUCAAGAAGCACUUGCUUAA